AUGAAUUCAGCCGACGGCGAACCUCUGGAGACUUUCCGGCCUGGAUAUCCCAGAUAUUCAGCGUUAUUGAGCACACACGCAUCAUUUCAGAAGUUCCGUCGAUUCACAGAAGUGCGGAUGCGACUUCUGUUGCUAAAACAAGACGAAAUAUCUGUUCUCGAGCAAGCGCUGAGCCGUGCCGAUGCCGAUGAACCCCAUGGGCUAUUUUUAGGUUGCGCUCGUCGUGACCAGAAUUCUACUCGCAAAAGAAUUCUGGACGAGCUGAGAACGCAUCUCGCCGAAUAUGAUACCAUGUUGCAGCAGAGCCAAUGGGUCCAGUCCCUGUCUGACUCCAGUGCAAGGGAUAUUCAAAGUCUGCAGAAUUGGGUGCAAGGAACCGGCUGUAUCGCGCGAGAAGAAAGGGAGUACCUGGAUCAUGGCCAAGACCUGGCGAGUUUGGUGACGCCCCCUGAUAUUGCCGUCGAGCGUACAUUGCCUUUGUUGGAAGACUUUCUAUGCUUUCUUCAACGGACAAGUCGAAGAGUGUGUAUUGCCCUAGCCCAUGUUUUCAUUCUACUCAUUAUGGAAGAUAUAUUUCCUCCUCCUGUGGUCAAUCAAGGCCAGAAAGGAAGAAGAGAGAUAGGAUGGAAGAAGAACCGUUCAUCAGCGCCGCAUAUUAAUUUUAAAGGCAAUGCUUAUAUUACUGUCGACUGA